CGGCAGAGCCCGCUGCCCGCCCCGCUGCCCGCCCCGGCAGAGCCCGCAGCCCGCCCCGCAGCCCGCCCCGCGGAUGUGGAGCCGGCAGCUGGCGAACCGUGUAUAUAAACAUUGAAGGCACAGUGUCAACAAGACCUACCAGGAGUGGCUGAGGGAACUGUUUAGUUAACCUGCAGAAAAGGAGCCUGAGAGGAGACCUUGUUGCUCUCUACAGGUACCUGAAAGGAGGCUGUAGCGAGCAAGCUCUCAAAAGAUGGCGGAGAGCUGGUCUUUCUUGGAUACUUUUGAGGCUAACUUCAGGCCUCUGGUAGUAAUUGAGCUUGCAAAAGGCACCAAAGAGGAAACCAUAAAAUGGUUCACCAAGCGAAUUGUGGACAAAAAAGCGAAUGGAGGUGCACAACUGCUGGUAAAACCAUUGGCCAUGGAAAAUGGAGAUGAAAAUAUUUAUCUGGUUGGAGCUUCCCACUUAAGGCUGUUGCUGGGAGCUGAAACUGUGGGUUUGGUGAAGGAAUGUAAUGAUAAUUCAAUGAGAACUUUUACAUACAGCAGUAGAAAAACUUUCAAAGAUUUUGCAGAUGAUAAUCACAAUUUCCUUACAAUGGCAGAAUGUCAGUAUAUCAUCAAACAUGAACUCGAAAAUUUGAGAGCUAAGGAUGAAAAAAUGAUCCCUGGAUAUCCUCAGGCAAAACUUUAUCCAGGAAAGUCAAUUGUGAGAAGAUUAUUGACCAGUGGUAUUCUAGUUCAGAUUUUCCCACUGCAUGAUAGAGAAGAGUUGAAAAAGCUCCGUCACAGCUGGUAUGGCCGAGUGAAAGUUGGCUAUCAACCUUUAGAUGAGAUACGCUGCUACUUUGGCGAAACCAUUGCUCUCUACUUUGGCUUCUUAGAGUACUUCACAUUUGCUUUGAUUCCAAUGGCUGUCAUUGGGAUUCCUUAUUAUGUGUUUGCAUGGGAAGACUAUGACAAAUAUGUGAUGUUUGCCACAUUCAAUCUGCUGUGGUCCACUGUGAUACUAGAAGUUUGGAAGAGGAUUUGCGCCAUCAUGACAUACCACUGGGGAACGCUGCUGAUGAAGCGACAGUUUGAAGAACCAAGACCAGGCUUCCAUGGUGUCCUUGGUAUCAAUCCUGUAACUGGGAGGGAAGAACCAGUGUACUCAAGUAUUAAGCGACAACUACGGAUUUAUCUGGUGUCCUUACCAUUUGUGUGCCUUUGCCUCUACUUCUCACUAUAUGUGAUGAUGAUUUACUUUGACUUGGAAAACUGGGCUCUGGAUUAUUAUGAAGAGAACGAGUCUACCUUCAGUAGCCUGAUGCUGUUUGUACCCAGCAUCAUAUAUGCUGUUGUGAUUGAAAUUAUGAACCGCAUCUAUCGGUAUGCUGCGGAAUUCUUAACAUCGUGGGAAAAUCACAGGCUGGAAUCUUCAUAUCAGAAUCAUUUAAUUCUGAAAGUUUUAGUGUUCAACUUCUUAAAUUGUUUUGCAUCUCUCUUCUACAUUGCCUUUGUGCUGUUUGAUAUGAAGCUUUUGAGGCAGAGCUUGGCCACUUUGCUGAUAACUUCGCAGAUACUCAAUCAGUUUGCAGAAUCCUUACUUCCUUACUGGCUCCAAAAGAGACAUAAGAAGAGGAUGAAGAAACGCAUGGGUUCUCUGAAAACAGAUACGGACCUGUCAUUCGUUGAACAAGUCAACUUGGAGAAAGAAAUGGGCACCUAUGUUGGUACUUUUGAUGAUUACCUGGAGUUGUUCUUACAGUUUGGCUAUGUGAGUCUUUUCUCAUGUGUUUACCCACUGGCAGCUGUCUUUGCAGUGUUAAACAACAUCACAGAGAUAUAUUCUGAUGCCUUAAAGAUGUGUAGAGUUUACAAGCGUCCAUUUGCUGAACCCGUGGCAAAUAUUGGUGUUUGGCAGUUGGCUUUUGAAACUAUGAGUGUAAUAUCUGUUGUUACUAAUUGUAUACUGAUUGGAAUGUCUCCACAAGUGACUGCCCUUUUCCCAGAUUCAAAAGUGGACCUUAUUCUGAUUGUGGCAUUGGUAGAGCACUUGCUACUAGCAAUAAAGUUUAUAAUGGCAUUUGUAAUUCCGGAUAAACCAAGAGAUAUCCAGAUAAAACUAGCCAAAUUGGAAUUUGAAUCUCUAGAGGCUCUCAAACAACAGCAAAUGAAGCUGGCGGCUGAGUCACUGAAGGAGUGAACACCAAGGAAGGAGGAUGACUAAAGCUGUCACAUGCGGGCAUGGGCACUUCUGCAUUUAAGAUGGUGUGUAGUUCUCUGUGUGCACUCCACCAUCUCUUCAGUAGGUGGCACCUGCUUAUAUGACACUUGGUAUAUACUCUCUGCCUGACACCACAAUAAAAGGUAUUUUCUCCAGCUCUCUUUGCUUCUCAUGUGCAAUUGGUGAACACCAAAUGAAGCACUCCAGCUUAUGCUAAGUCUGGUGAAAAAUCUGCCAGGCUCACUGUGCUUUCAGUGAUUGAAAACAGAUUCUGUGGGUAAGCAUCCAGAAGCUAACUAGAGUUUUCAACUGUAACUUUGUGAAAGAAAGAAAAAAAAAAGAAGGUAAACUAGCAUAUAAUUCACAGUGUCCUGUCUCUUUGGGGUUGCUGCCUCUUUUGUUCCUUUAUUACAAUAGCUAAUCAAUACUGUAUUAUUUCAGAGUGCUUAUGAGCUGCUGUUUGCACAUGGCACAUUAAUUUAAAUAUUUUAUACGUUGCAUAACGAUAUACAUGGUUGUUCCCUAUAUGAUCUGAGAAAUAUUUGAACAUACAUAUUGUAAAGUAUGCAUUAUACACUCCUUUGUGUGAGUUAUCUAAAUAAGCCGCAGCUAAAACCUUUUCAAAAGUUGGGCAAAGAGCAUUCAGUAGGAAACAGAUUGCUGAGCAGUAAUUUAUGAAGUGUAUUUAUUUUUUAAUUUACAUUAGGCUUUGGUGUCACAGUCCUGGCUCCUGAACUUCAUUCUUGUAAGAUGGAUCUUUUGAUUAUACAGACUGAUAAUUACAGAUCAAUUAAACUUGAUACUCAAUAUACAAGUACUCGUGGAUAUAGUGAAAACCUGAUUUUUGUCUUGCAUUUCAUAAAUAGGUAAUUUUUCUGAUGUUUCAUUGUUUUCUGACAGUAAUAGGACCAAAAUCUACAGUGUUUGCUCCCCUGACCUUGAGACAAUUUAUUCUCUCCUACUGUGACCUUCAGAUUUGAUAGAUGUAACUUACCUAUAUGCAAUACUAGCUGGAAUUCUGUUUGGAAAAAUCUGCUGUUAUAAUAAUUGAGGUAUUUGCCUACUUUGCACAUUUCAGAUUUCUGCCACAGGGCCCCCACAGCAGAGUAAUUAUAACUAAGCCAAAAUAAUGUGUUCUGUCUGGAACUUAAAAAUAGCAUUUCUCCAACUCUGCAAGCCUGACCCAGUAAGAAUUGACUCCAUUCCCUUGGGAAGAGGAGCAAAACCAGGCUAUGGCUGCUCUUUCUGUUCCUGCUUCUCCUGCUGUGCAUCCCCCACUCCGCUGCUAUUUCAGGGGUAUCUCACGGGCUGCUGCUGUUUCACUGCCUGUUGCUGAAACUGCAGCAGGGUUGUGGUUGCACAGGCUCUGCCCUCAGCAAGGAUCUCUGAGGGACAAAUGUCUCCCUUCCUGUAGCAUGGUAGAGAUCCCCAAAAUGAAGCUGAUUUGAGGAGAUGACUGGCGUAUUCUCCACAAAAGUUUUGCAGUUUCUUGCCCACUUUCAUCUGAAGUAGCUCAUGUUUGUUCAAGCCUAGGCGGUGUUUUUGAGGGAACAGUUAAGGAGAAGAAAAAUCUGUGGGAUGGGAUUCUGGUGCAAUAUGUUCUUGAGAGCUUGUUGUAGAUGAAGAGAUUCUGCUGGUCUGUUAAAUGUGCUGGUUUGUGAGCUUGAAGUUGGCGUGUUUUGCUGAUAGCAACUGUAUCAGGUGUCUGGAAUAAUUUUCUAAGCUGGGUUGGAAAAUGAAUGGAGUCAUGUCUCAGCUGUGAUCAUGUGGAAAAAAAAGUAAUGAUUUCUACAAAACUGACUUUGUGGUUGUCCUUGUGGACCUUCCAUUCUCCUGUUUCCUGUAGACUAACAGGAAAAUCACUGGUAUGGUUUAAGCAGCCACUGACCUAAGUGACAUUAGCUGUUGCCUUUGCCUCGGGCAAAUCCCUUCAGUUCUGCUUAGUUUCCUUACCUAUAAAUGGGGAUAAUACGGUUUGUUAGGUGGAUUCUUCACCUAAAGCUAGUAAGUUUGGAGGAAUGAAGACUUUCCAUAGUGUGAGUGAGAGAAAGCAUGGUAAUCUUCUGUUUUAUAAGGUUAGGAUUUGUUCUAGAUACAUCACAGCUGCUACACAAACAUGAUGGGGGUUUUGUCAUAAGCAUCACUUUAGCUUGCUGAGAAAUGUUACCUGUAUAUUGCCAAAUAUUUCUGUCACUGAACUGAUAUUUAGCUCCUAUUCCUCUGAAAGUUGCUCUUUGUCCUUGAUACUGAAUUUAUAUUGGGUUUUGCUUUGUUUGUUGUUUGUUUCUUUACAUCCGUGAUGUCACCUGUUUUCCUUUCUUAGUUGAGAGAAAAAAUGUUUCUCUCUAUGCUUUUUCAAAUGUCUCCAUAUUGUUUUCUUUCUGUCUGUUGUAGGUGCAUCUAAAAAUUGUGGGAUGCUAGGGAUGAAAUGUACUGACAAAAAGUCUUUUGUCAGAUGAAGAUAUUAGACUGAAUAAAUAUUUACCUGUAACUGCCA